AUGGGGUCCCGCCGCGCAUAUCCCACCGCCGAGCUCUACGACGACCGCGAACGCGAUUUCUACGCCGGCGGCGGCCGACGCAGCCAAAGAGACUACGACGAGCUGGAUGCUGAGAUCCGCCGCCCACGCUCCGAGUACGGCGUACGUCGCCCCGGUCCGCAGCCUGAGUUCCUCCGCGAGGACUAUGGCCGCACCUCCGCCGGCCCGCUGGUCGUCUCCGAUCGUCGCAGCGUGAGAGAAGACGACUGGAGCCCGCCUCCCCCGAAACCGCGCAAGGACAUCGAGCGCGACGAGAUCAUCAUACGCGACAGGAAGUCGGAGCGCCCUCCGCCCAGUCGUUCCAGCCAGGCCGACCGUGAUGACUUCAUGUACCGCCGCGGCGACCCUUCUCCCCCGAAGCCCCGUCCCGUCGAGCGUGAAGAGAUUGUGUUCAGACAUGAGGAGCGCUCGCCUCCAGGCCGGCCCAAGCCGCGUGAUCGCGAGCGUGAGCGUGAGGAAAUCAUCUUCAGACACGAGGAGCGCUCGCCCCCGCCCGCGAGGCCGCGGCCGCGUGAGGUAGAGCGCGAGGAAAUCGUCUUUCGUCGCGGCGAGGGUGCACGCUCCAGGCCUCCGCCCAGCGAGGUGGAUCGUGAGGAGAUCAGGAUAAGGCGCAACGAGGGCCCUCCGUCGCAUCGGCCUCGUGAAAUGGAGAGAGAGGAGAUCAGCAUCCGCAGGUCCGAAUCUGAAGGACCAUCUCGUCACAGGUCACACUCCCGCCCCGGCGACCUGAUCGCACGCGAGAAGGAAGAGUUCGUGAUCAGGAGACGUCCGCCCCCUCCUCCUUCCCCACCGCAAGAGAAGCAGCAGGAGAUCAUCAUCAGGCGGACGGAGAGGUCGCCCAGUCCCGAGUCGCUCCCUUCACCUCCUCCUCCGCCCCCGCCUCCGGAACCAAUCAUGAGGCCGCCGAUCGUUCAAGAGAUCAUAACACAUCAUCGUCACAUCGAUCAUGGCGUCGAACGUGCACGCUCACCCAGUCCUCCCCCUCCUCCGCCGUCCCCGCCCAAGGACGAGACUCUUGAAAUCUCCAUUCGCAACCGACGUGGAGAGAAUGGGAGGUAUGAAGAAGAUAUCACUUUUGAGCGUGAUGUUCGAGAACGUAAGGCACCAGCCGAUGACUUCCAAAUCAGUCGACGCCGCUCCGUCAGCGUGCCUCGCAGGAAGCAUGCAGAUGACUGGGACGUUGAUGGUGAAGCCGAUUUCUACAACCGCAAAGCCAUGGAACGGGCUCACAUGGGAGAAGCCCACAACGGUGCAACCAAGGAUUGGGCCAUCGUCGAUGUCCCUCCGGGGACGAAUCGAGUUCGCAUGGAAGGUGCGGGAGGCGGCGCUCAAGAAGUCACUUGGCAACGUUACAACGGCGUCCGUCGGUCCAAGUUUCUCUCCGACGACCGUGAAUAUGCGUCCGACUGGGGCGCGCCAGCGCAGGCGCCACCACCACUACCGGCACCAUCAAAGUCCAGGCCUCCGGACAUGUGGACAGAGAUCACUAAAGACCUGGUGUUGAAGGAAGCGAUCGACUCGAUGGGUUACGAUUACGAAGAAACCGAUUACUUCUUCUACGUGAUGGAUUAUCUGCGCUACGAGGAUGUCCUUCAUCUGGUCGAAAUCUCGGACGACAUUCGCCGAGAGCGCAGACAUCGCAUCCGAGAGAUUGAGUAUGAGCGCAAGAAACUUGAAGCCCCACCGCCAAAGAAGGAAUACGACUACUACGAGCGCGAAGUCAUCUACGAGCGAGAACGGGAGCGAGACGACCGCCGCGGUCGGUACCGGUAA